AGGGGGAACAAUGGGAUCUAUUGAAAAGGCCGCGGCACAAAGCGGAGCGCGGAGCCAGGGCGAUUCCAGCCCGCAUUGUUGUCCCAGCUGUCUUCCCGGGGGAGGAGGAGGGGACAGCGGAGGAAGGGCAGCACCAGGAUUUGCUUCCCAAGCGCCGGGGAGAGGCCCGUGGAGAUGGAAUUCCCUCCUGCCCGCUCCUCCGGACUGCCCGGCCCGCGGGGAGGGACUGAAACGCGGCAGGAAAAGAGCCUGGAACGGUAAAGAUGCGGCUGUUCCCCCUCCGUGGAGAGGGCCGGGAUGGAGAGCCGGGGAAAACGCUGGUUUAUGGGAAUCCGGAGAGCGUCUGGCGUGGAAUUCCGCGGGAGAUCGGCCCUGGAGCUGAGAAAGAUGUUCUCAAACAACGAUGAGGCCGUGAUCAACAAAAAACUGCCCAAGGAGCUGCUGCUGAGAAUUUUCUCCUUCCUGGAUGUGGUCACUCUGUGUCGCUGUGCUCAAGUUUCCAGGGCAUGGAAUGUUCUGGCCCUGGAUGGCAGUAACUGGCAGCGAAUUGACCUGUUUGAUUUCCAGAGGGACAUUGAGGGCCGGGUGGUCGAGAACAUUUCCAAGAGAUGUGGGGGAUUCCUGCGGAAGCUGAGCCUGAGGGGCUGCCUGGGAGUGGGGGACAACGCCUUAAGGACCUUUGCCCAGAACUGCAGGAACAUCGAGGUGCUGAACCUCAAUGGCUGCACCAAGAUCACGGACGCCCAGAACUCCUCCCGGGGCCGGAACUGUGGGAGGGGAAAUCCAUGGAAUCUCACAUGGAAUCUCACAUUUGUCCCGUAGCAAAUCACGGACGACGGGCUGAUCACCAUCUGCAGGGGCUGCCACAAGCUGCAGUCCCUGUGUGCCUCCGGCUGCUCCAACAUCACCGACGCCAUCCUCAACGCCCUGGGGCAGAACUGCCCUCGCCUCAGAAUAUUGGAGGUGGCGAGGUGUUCCCAGCUGACCGACGUGGGCUUCACCACCCUGGCCAGGAACUGCCAUGAGCUUGAAAAAAUGGACCUGGAAGAGUGUGUCCAGAUAACAGACAGCACCCUAAUCCAGCUUUCCAUACACUGUCCACGGCUCCAGGUCCUGAGUUUAUCCCACUGUGAGCUGAUCACGGACGACGGGAUCCGUCACCUCGGGAACGGCGCCUGCGCCCACGACCGGCUGGAGGUGAUCGAGCUGGACAACUGUCCCCUCAUCACCGACGCCUCCCUGGAGCACCUCAAGAGCUGCCACAGCCUGGAGAGGAUAGAGCUGUACGACUGCCAGCAGAUCACCCGGGCAGGGAUCAAGAGACUCAGGACCCACCUCCCCAACAUCAAGGUCCACGCCUACUUCGCCCCGGUGACCCCCCCGCCCUCGGUGGGCGGGAGCCGACAGCGCUUCUGCAGAUGCUGCAUCAUCCUAUGACGCUGGAACGCUCAUCCCGGCAAACUGAGGCUGGAAUUGCGCCCGUGGCAUUCCGGGGGACACACCAGUAUCUUGGAGGGAGGCGAUCCCGGUGUCGUUUGCGAGGGCCAGUGAGCGGGGCCGGGAGCCCCCCGGAGCCCCCCGGGAUCCCCCCUGUGCCGGCGGGAACGGGGACUCGGCGGGAGCCGCAGCCGGGACGGCUUUGGAGCGGGGAAUCCCGGCCCAUCCCCGCUGGGCUUGCUCAGCUGAACCCCCUCCCUGUGGGAAGGACGGGGGGGCUUCCGCCCCGGAAUGACUGAUGCUGCUGGUGGGGUUGGAAUAGGAACCGGAAUCCUUGGAAGUGGGGGCUGGGGGAGAGGAGAGGGACUCGCUUUAACCCCCGCAGCCGUUGUCCAGGAGGGAAAAAACCCCAACAAACCUGAAAAUCCCAACAAGCUCCAUGUCCAUUCUUCAGUGAGGGAGUGAAAGAGCAGCUGCUGAGCCGGGAUCCCCCUGGGAGCCAGGAUUUACUUGGAACCCAGGAUCCCCCUGGGAGCCAGGGAUCCCCUGUGCUCCCAGCCUGACCGUGUCUCUCCCAUAUCCACACUGCCCAGCUCGGAGGCUUUCCCAGGUGCUUGUGGUAGACCUUGGAAUCUGCGAUGUCGGAUUUUUUGACCCUUCCCACCUCCUGCUUUUUUCCUUUUUUUUUUUUUUUGUUUUUUUUUGGUUUUUUUCCUUUCAGCAGGUUUUUAAUUCGGUCAUUUCUUUGACAUCUCCCAGCCCAAAGUGACCAAUCCUUAAUUUCAGUUCUAAAAAGGAAAUUUUUUUUUUUCCCAGGAGAAGCCCGAGCCUGUCGGGAAGGUUUUUAAGGAGCAGGUCGAGCUGCACCCCAGGCUGGGCUCUCGUGGGAUUUCUUGGCCUGUUUGAGCAGGGAUUGGGUGUCCAAAUUUAUUCUGAUUUCAGGUUUUAUCCCAGUGACAAGGAUAUAAUUCCCAAUACAGGGAAUAAUAUAUAUAGAUAUAAUUCUCAAUGCAGGGAUAAAGUUCUAGUCUGUGUUCCAGCGACUGUAAGUUCCCUCCUCCUGUCCUUUCCCUCCAUCCCUUCAUCUUAUCCCCAAGGAAAAGCAAAGUAGAACCUCUUUGCUUGUUGCCCUCAUGAAGAAAUUAAGGAUUCCCUGAUGGAGCAGGUCUGGGAGCCGCCCUGGCUCCAGGGAGCACUGGGGGCUUUCCCGACCUUCCCACCUCCCACAGGUAAGUGUGGAACCCCCAGGAGGACCCACAGGGAUGGAAAGGGGUUGGGAUGAGCCAGGUCCAGCUCUGGGGGGGAGGGAGGGAAGGGGGGGGGUUGGGGGCUGGUUUUGGGGGCGUUUCAGGCAAAAUCAGCGCAGGUGCUCCAGGGGAGCACGGAGAGCACGGACUGAUCCGGGCAUUCCAGGUGCCCGGGGUGGAACUGCUGGGCAGAUCCCAAGGGUUUAACGGGGCAGGGCCUGGAUCAGGCUCUGGGGGGAGCUGAGCUGUGUCAGUCAUUCCCGCUGGAUGGAAGGAGCCCUCGUGUCCGUGGAUAUUCCGGAUAUUCCCGCCCGGCUGGGGCUGAACCACCGAGGAACUGGGGCCUCCCCUCGGUCCUGAGGAAUUCCUUUGGUGGGAGAAGAGCAGGUGCAGCACCAGGAACGGCUCUCCCGGGGUCUGGGGGGGUUGUUUCUUCACCAGGAGUUUGCUCCAAGGACAACGAGCUGCUUCCCAGGCUCUCCAGGCACGGGAGGGCCCCCGGGGGCUGCUACUCCCUCCACCUCCCCCCAGUCCCCCCAGUCUGUGCUCACGGUCUGCUGGGAGGAACCCCAGGCUGCUGUGGUUAAAAGGAUACUGUCAAUGCCUUCCUGUAGAUGCUUUUAAUCCCUUAUAUUUAUUCAAAUCCCCUUUAGCGCUGUGGAUUCUCCCUCUCUCCUCGAGAGAGAGGGGCUUCAUUUCCAGAACUUUCUCCAGGUUUCAGGGUGGCAGAGGAUGGUGGUCACCCAGCAAUCACAGGAUUUGCACAACUCUGGGAAAAAAAAAAGCAAAACAAACCACUUUGUUCAGCUCAUACUGUGGCAGGGGAGAGCGAAAAGUGGGAUUUCGGAGGCGGGGUGUAGUCGGAUGACUGGAUUCCUUUGGAACAGAGCAGAGUUUUCCAGGGAAAACUCAAGAACACAGAACCCAAAGCAUUCUCUUUUUCUGUUUGCCAACCAGGGUGGCAGCAUUAAGGUAGCUCAAAACUACUUGACAGUGUCCUUUUAAAUCAAUUAUCCGUCUUCAAAUGGACUCUUCCUGAUGUUUGUAUUUAUAAGUACCAAUAAACACCAUUUUCCAAG